UUAAAAACCUCACCGUAUUUUUUUUUAAUCGAAUUGACCUGGCAACCCGUAUAUCAGUGAGAGAGCUGUAUAAUGGCGGCUUCAGUGAGUUGUCGGUUGUCGGGUGUUGCUAAGGAAGUAAAAAAAGUUUGCUGUAAUGUGAGGAGCUGCCUAGAGAAUGUGAACCCUUAAGAAUAAUGACACUUGUUUGUGUCUGAAAACAAGUGGAAGAGUAGGAUGAAUAAAAAUGAAGACCUCAUUGUCCCAUUCCAACCUGUUGAAUUUCAGUCAGAAGGAGUAGUCUGCAGGAAUGAUACAGCUAGCUUCAGUAUAGAAGUGUCAAAUGGCUUAACCAAUAAAGAACAGCUCAGUGGCCAGAAGUUGUCUAAUGAAGUGUUCCAAACCUCUCAAGAUGAGCAACAGCAGCAAGACAAACUUCAUCCCUACAUGCCUCAUCCUCCCUUGCUUCCCAAGCCCCUUGCUGUGGCUAAAGGAGGUAGGAAUAUGUCAUUUGAGGAAAAGAAAAAGGGAAGACGACUGAGAAGCAGUCAGGAGAGCCUCACUGACCCAGCCGAAAUGACCUCUUCGACUGACUCCCUUAGGGAAGUCUCCACUUUUCCUGCACCAAAUAGCCAUAUGGUUUUAAAGAAUGGCCAGAAUUCUGGAGGGAGUCAUUCUGAUCAAGAAGCCUGGCAUUCCCCACCAUUCCGGGAUCGAUGUAGCAGCUUCCCUGAGAAGGACAGAUGUUCUCCUGGCCAAAACCAUCCAUCAGGGCAGCAUCCAAAACCUUCCAAAAUUAUACUUUCCCCACUGCAGCCCACAGGAGCUUUUCCUCCUCUGGAGUACAAUAUCACCUCUAUGUCCUUAAGGACCUCUAAUCAGAUUGACAGGGAUUGCUUGGAUUAUAGGAAUGGGAGCCUGCAUGAUAAGUUGCAAAAGGACCUCAGUGACAGCCAGCUUUGGGACGCCAUGGUGUCAGACAACACCUCAGUCAAUUCCAUGAAGUCCACCUUCAGCGUGCUUAACCCAAUCCGGCCCAAGGAUGUGAGAAACAGGAGCUUUUUGGAAGGCAGCGUGCUGGGCAAUGGAGCCUUACUUGGGGCUGAAGAGCUGGACCGGUACUUUCCCAGCAGGCAAAUUGGGAUUUACAUUGCUACAUGGAACAUGCAGGGAGAGAAAGGGCUUCCAAACAACCUAGAUGACCUGUUGCUUCCAACAGACACUGAUUUUGCACAAGACUUCUAUAUUAUCGGGGUCCAAGAAGGAUGCCCUGAUAGGAAGGAGUGGGAGAUCCGUCUGCAGGAAACUCUUGGCCCGUACUAUGUGAUGCUGUACGCAGCUUCACAUGGAGUGCUCUAUCUCACCAUCUUUAUACGCAGGGACCUCAUAUGGUUCUGUUCUGAGGUGGAGCAUGCUACCGUCACCACUCGGAUCAUCUCACAGAUUAAGACCAAAGGGGCAGUGGGCAUUGGCUUCACUUUCUUUGGGACAUCUUUUCUUUUCAUCACAUCUCAUUUUACAUCGGGAGAUUCCAAAGUCUAUGAAAGGAUACUGGACUACAAUAAGAUAAUAGAAGCUUUAGCUCUUCCCAGGUGCCUUCCUGACACCAACCCGUACCGAUCUAUUUCCUCGGACGUGACCACCAGAUUCGAUGAAGUAUUCUGGUUUGGGGAUUUUAACUUCCGCCUUAAUCAAGACAGAGGAAGAGUGGAGGGUAUUUUGAAGCAACUCAGUGGGAAAAACAUGGACACCCUCCUCCAGCAUGAUCAGCUGUACAAAGAAAUGAAAGAAGGUUCCAUCUUUAAAGGAUUUCAGGAAGCCACUAUCCACUUCACUCCCACGUACAAGUUUGACAUUGGCUGUGAUGUUUAUGACACAACACCCAAGCAGAGAACACCAUCAUACACAGAUCGAAUCCUUUUUAGGAGUAGACAAGUAGAUGAUAUCAAAGUGGUUAAGUAUACAUCCUGCUCAUCUAUCAAGACCUCAGAUCACCGUCCUGUCAUUGGAAUGUUCCAGGUCAAACUCCGUCCUGGUAGAGACAACAUUCCAUUGGGAGCAGGCUUGUUUGACCGAGCUGUGUACCUAGAAGGCAUCAGGAGAAGGAUAACGAGAGAACUGAAGAGGAGGGAGGCCAUGAAGAACCAGAGCAACAGCACUGUCUGUUCCAUCUCCUGAUUCAGGGUUAGCUGGCUUCAGACCGUAUCUUCCACAUUCUGACCUACCAACUCAGGAAGCUGGACUUUCAGGACCAAAGGGAAGCUCAGAACUAUGGGAGAAGUAGCGUUCAAGUCUCUUUAUCCAGGAACAUUCACAGGAGCUCGAAUAGAGGCUGUGCCUUAUCGUUCAACAUCUCUGGUUAGCGCUGGAAAUGUCCACAUAAACACUACAUAUUCUGUAGAUGUGGUGAGCAUAUAGGGCUGAAAUAUAGGGAAUGUAAAGAUGACCUCUUUAUAUCUUGUGCACUGCAAUGUGUUUUGAUAUUAGUGUGUCAGCUUAUAUUUAAGAUCAUAUGAAAUAUGUAGAUACGCAGAUAAAUCAGUAGCUCAACUAAUUUCUUACCAAUAUUAAUUAUGCGAAGUUUCUAAAAAUAUUUAUUUCAUAGAUCUAGUUCAAAUUCAGCCAAAAUUACAUUACAUUAUCAAAGUGGUAUCUGUAACAAUGAAAAUGUGUCAUGUUUUAGUUAGAGACGGCAGUAAUGGGGGAAAUCCAACUCAGACUGAACAAAGACUCCUCUUGGACAUCUGUCCAUUGCCUUAACUUCUAAUACAAAAUCAUUCAGCCUCUUGAUGUCAAAUGGCCAUGCAUACAGAACUAAAAACUAAGUAACUGCAAUCCUCUUGCAUCAUGCUUGUGAUGGAAAGUGCCUGAGAUGAUUCCUUAUGUUGCUUUUCUAGAACACUCUGUUUCAACCUAUUUAACAGCAUGUUUUGAACGUUUACAGUGUUAAGUUAACAUGAAACUACUUGUCUUUCUUGGUUUACAUCUAUGGAAAUAAAGUUUUACCACAUUUAAAACAGACCAAAUAAAUACAUAUACAAAAACAAGAA